AUGGAAAAUUGGACCGACUCUAAAGCACUUCCGGUAACCGAAGGAGUGAAGCAGGGCUGCGUCCUCGCGCCUACCCUCUUCAGCCCCACGUUUCCUGCCAUGCUGAUGGACGCCUACCGCAACGAGUACCCCGGAAUCUGCAUCGCCUACAGGACCGACGAGCAUCUUCUUACCAGCCGGCGCAUGCAGGCAUCAACGCGUCUCUCUAAGACUACAGUUCAGGUCCUAAUCUUUGUGGAUGACCGGACAAUCAACACCACGACCGAAGAGGAUAUGCAAAGAAGCAUGAACCUCUUUGACGUCGGGUAUACCACAUUCGGACUGAACAUCAACAAGGACAAAACGAUGAUUAUGCACCAACCGCUGUCCAACACUGCAUACAGUGUUCCUCGCAUCCAAGUCAGCAGCAUCGAACGAUAA